UACACAAUUUCCGUGUGAGAGAAUGUAAAUGAGAAUACUACAUUUGUUGUUCACCGGUGAUUGUGGCAUCUCCGAUGAAUUAUAUUCCGAAGCGCCAUUUCAGUCAAUGUCUUACGCCGUCAAUCUCACUUUCUUCUCCGACUAAACAGUCUCGGAUCCUUGAACUCUGUAAAUCAGGUCGCCUCGCGGACGCUAUUCGGAUACUAAAAACAUCAGACUCUUUUGAGAUCUCUGCAAAACCGAAUCUCUACGCUUCCCUCCUGCAAACAUGCACCAAAGUCUUAUCCUUUACCCACGGCAUUCAGUUUCACGCUCACGUCGUCAAAUCCGGUCUGGAGACGGACCGGUACGUUGGGAACAGCUUGCUCGCUCUGUACUUCAAACUGGGUUCUGAUAUGAGAGAGACACGGAGAGUUUUCGACGGGAUGUUCGUGAAAGACGCGAUCUCGUGGACUUCGAUGAUGUCCGGAUACGUCAGAGGUAAGGAACACGUCAAGGCGCUUGAGGUGUUCGGUGAGAUGGUGAGUUUUGGUUUGGAGCCGAACGCGUUUACGUUGUCUGCGGCGGUUAAGGCGUGUUCUGAGAUCGGAGAUGUUGUCCUAGGGAAGUGCUUCCAUUGUGUUGUGAUCACUCGUGGGUUCGAAUGGAACCGUGUUAUCUCUAGCACGUUAGCGUUUAUGUAUGGCGCGAAUCAAGAACCUGCUGAUGCACGCCGUGUGUUCGACGAAAUGCCUGAACCAGAUGUUUUUUGUUGGACGGCUGUCCUCUCUGCUUACUCUAAGAACGACUUGUACGAGGAAGCUUUGGGGCUUUUCUACGUGGGGAAUAGGGGAAAAGGGUUGGUGCCUGAUGUGUCUACGUUUGGAACUGUUUUGACGGCUUGUGGUAACCUGAGGAGGGUGAAGCGAGGGAAAGAGAUUCACGGGAAGCUUAUAACGAAUGGGAUAAGUAGCAAUGUAGUUGUGGAGAGUAGUCUUUUAGAUAUGUAUGGUAAAUGCGGAUCGGUGCGGGAAGCUAGGCAAGUGUUCAAUGGGAUGUCAAAGAAGAACACUGUAUCUUGGUCUGCUUUACUCGGGGGAUACUGUCAGAACGGAGAGCACGAGAGAGUUGUUGAGAUGUUCAGGGAAAUGGAAGAGAAAGAUCUCUACUGUUUCGGGACUGUACUUAAGGCUUGUGCUGGUUUGGCGGCGGUAAGACUUGGGAAAGAGGUUCACGGCCAGUACGUUAGGAGAGGCUGUCGUGAUAAUGUGAUUGUGGAAUCGGCUUUAGUUGACUUGUAUGGAAAAUCUGGUUGCGUUGAUUUUGCUACUCGUGUGUACUCCAAGAUGGCGAUCAGGAACAUGAUAACGUGGAAUGCAAUGCUAUCUGCGCUGGCUCAGAAUGGAAGAGGUAAAGAAGCUGUCGGCUUCUUCAAUGAUAUGGUCAAAAAGGGGAUCAAGCCUGACUACAUCAGUUUUAUCGCGGUUCUCACUGCAUGUAGUCAUACGGGUUUGGUUGAGGAAGGACGAAACUACUUUGCGAUGAUGACUAAGAGUUACGGGAUUAAACCAGGUACUGAGCAUUACAGUUGCAUGAUUGACCUUCUAGGCCGUGCAGGAUUGUUUGAAGAAGCAGAGAAUAUGUUGGAGAGAGCAGAGUGUAGAGACGAUGCGUCUCUGUGGGGUGUUCUGCUUGGACCUUGUGCUGCAAAUCCGGAUGCCUUGGCUAUUGCUGAACGAAUUGCAAAGAGAAUGAUGGAGUUGGAACCAAAGUACCACAUGAGUUAUGUGCUUCUAAGUAACAUGUACAAGUCGAUUGGUCGCCAUGGUGAUGCACUCAAGAUUCGUAGGUUGAUGGUGAGAAGAGGAGUAACAAAGACUAUUGGACAGAGCUGGAUUGAUGCGCAUUAGAAAACUUUAAAGGCUACUAUCCUUCUAGGGAUCUUGCUUGAAGCAUUCAUGAAGAAAUGGUUUCGAGUCAAAAGUUUUGACAACUAAACAACAUAAUUUUUGCCUUUGAGAUCUCCAUGUAGUCGAUUUUGUCUUUACAAAGUAAUUCAAACAAAAUAAAUUGCCAGGCUAAACGUUGCAGAUAAAAGGGGUCUGUUUGGAGAAAUCAAGUUUUGAUCUCAAGCCACCAUUUGAUACAUUUCUCCAGUGAGGAGUGUUGUCUUCAAAGUGCACGCAUCAAGGUCGACUUUGCAGCUUCGCGCUUCAUCUCUGCAGCUUUGCCACUCCCUCGGAAGUAUGCAUAUACUUGCUGAAUCACCCAGAUAUUGAGAAGUGUUUCGACGCAGAAGAAACCCGCUCCAAUGAAGUACAUUAUCUGCGAGGGAGAAAAAAGAUUGGUAAGACUGUUGCAAGCAGGCUGAAGUUAAGUGUCUGUAAAGGAGCAUAAGUAAUACUUACCCCGACCGCAGCAUUAGUAGUAAGAAGCUCAAGUGCCGGCAAGAAACCUCUGUCCAAAAAACCAACAAUACAUGGAAUCAGAUGGGACUUCAUCAGAGGCUGAAAAGGUCUUAUCAUCUUUAUUGAAAAAAAAAUACUCUUACGUGAGAGACUUCCCUUGAAAGAUGACUGGUGGAGCAACUGCAGCAAAGCCGCAGAACGCAAUGUGAAACUGAAAAGUGCAAGACAGUGUAAACGUGGAAACUUAUUUCUUUCAUGGAUUCCUGAAAGAACUCUGAUGCAGAAGAAAUCUAUCAUUGGGGAUACGAUUUAUCUUACCACGUAAAAGAAGAAAAAAGCUCCAAACUUCAGGGCACUAUCAGUUCUGCAAUAGCAGUCUAAGGUCGCCUUUACGUUACCUAACAAUGUGGUGAAUGCGACAUAUUGAAUCUUCUGUAAAUGAACCGGAAUCUCAUUUGGAAUGUCAUGAUGAAUUAAAGGGAAAAAAUCUGGCCAAUUCUUUUCCUCAAUGACUACUCCAGCUGCCAAACCAACCGUAUCAGGUCUCGAGAGCUGUAGGUCACAUGGAAGCCAGAAAUUACCUGCUCUUUCCGCUUCAACUCGUUCUCUUUAGCCUGGAGUUCCAUCUCUCUAGCUCGAAGAUCCUUCAAACAAAAGCAGCGAAAAAUGAGAUCUGCCGUUUCAUUCUAACCAGAUUUUGAGCAAAUAACUGAAAGGCAAAGUGCAGAAGGUAUUGGUACCUUGGCGGAAUCCAAAGGGAUAUCAACGGUUGCACCACGGUCAUAAGGUUCCGGUGGAAGCGGCUUGAGAUAUGAGUUGCUUGCAGGAGGAACAUUUGUAUAAUUCUACCAACAUUAUAAAGUCAGAGAUCAAAAGGGUGAAGAUUGCAGAAAGAUCAGUCAAUGAUUAUUGAUUCAAGAAACAGAGGUGGUUACCGCAAAAGGAUUGAUCUCUUCAUCAGCAAAUGGAUUAGGAUCAUGACGUGCCAUCUUUGAGAUUGUUAGUCUUUACUAGAUCAAGAAAUGGAUUCCAAGAAAGAGUUUUGGAGAUUGAGAGGGUCGUUGACAGAAGUCGAAAAUGCGGAGAAAGUGGUUUCAAUGAAUGGCUACUUUGUAGUCAGAGAAAAGAGCAAACAACAUAUGUGCGCGCCAGAGAGAUCCAAGGCAUUUUAAAGGCUUCUCGCUUCGUUUUGUAACCAAUUUGGUUUUCUUUGUUCGGUUUACUAAAUUUUCUUCGGUUUACUUGUAAGAGCUUCAAUCUGUUAUCAACGGGUAAGAAUUGAACACGUGUACUUUUAAC